AUGGGACGCAAGUGUCUGACCCUGCUCUCAGGUCUCAGUGUCCUGCUGGUUCUGUCAGGAUCGGAUGCAGAGAAUUCUGGAGCUUUCUGUCCUCAAUGCCCUGACAAUGCCAGCUGCUACAACAGCACCCACUGUGCUUGUAAAGAUGGAUUUCGUUCCACGUCUGGGACGAGAUACUUCAUCGAGUCCUCUGAGGAAUGUGAAGAUAUUGAUGAGUGUAAGAUUGGACUGGCAAAGUGCAAAGUGAUAUCAUACUGCAUAAAUAUAAUUGGAAGUUACUACUGCAGCUGUGUCCCAAAUUACCCUAUACUCAACUGGAUGGUUGCUUUCAUUAAAUUGAAUCAUUCAGACUGUCAUGAUAAGAACCACUCCAGUAAGAAGACACCAUCGGUGGAAAUGUGGGAAAUUCUGAGGAACAAUGGAAGCAAAGAGUACAUUGCAAAACAGGCUACCCAACUGCUUCAAAGCAUGGAAUUAACCAUAUGGAAUCAGAGUUUUGCUUCUCCAGGAAAGCAUGAAAAUUCCAUGUUCGACAUAGUCUAUGAAACCAAGAUGUGCAAUGAGACAAAUGAGAAGAUUCUUCUGGAAGCUGGAAAUAACACAAUGCAUAUUGACUGCACUGAUGCUUUCAAAGGAACCACAAGAGAUAGGAGUGCAGUUGCGUUUAUCACUUAUCGAUCUCUUGGGGAUAUUCUGAAUGGAUCCUUUUUUAGUGAUAGAAGAGGGGCAAAGGAAGUGAAACUGAACUCUCGUAUUGUGAGUGGCACCAUUGGUGUGAAGGAAAAGGUUUCUCUGUCUGAACCUGUAUUCCUGACCUUCCAACAUACUCAGCCCGGUGGUGCAAGAACAAAAUAUUUCUGUGUCUACUGGGAAGGAUCGGAGGAGGGGGGCAGCUGGUCGAUGGAAGGCUGCUCUCAUGCGGGCAGCAACGAUUCUUACACCAAAUGCAAGUGCUUCCACCUUUCCAGCUUUGCUGUACUCAUGGCUCUUGCUCCCAAGGUGGAUCCUGUUCUGGCUGUGAUCACCUGUGUGGGACUGAGCCUCUCUCUGCUGUGUCUCCUCCUGGCAGUCCUCACCUUCCUCUUCUGCCGACCCAUCCAGAACACCAGCACCACCCUUCACCUGCAGCUCUCCAUCUGCCUCUUCCUGGCCCACCUCCUCUUCCUCACAGGGAUUGAUAAAACUGAGCCUGAGGUGCUGUGCUCCAUCAUUGCGGCGAUGUUGCACUAUCUCUCCUUGGCCUCCUUCACCUGGAUGCUCCUCGAAGGGCUGCACCUCUUCCUCACUGUUAGGAAUCUCAAGGUGGCCAACUACACCAGUGCAGGCAGAUUCAAGAAGAAGUUCAUGUACUCUUUCGGCUACGGAAUUCCAGCUCUGAUUGUGGCCGUGUCUGCAUUAGUAGGACACAAAAAUUAUGGAACCUUCACUUACUGCUGGCUCCAGUUUGAUAAUGGGUUCAUCUGGAGCUUGAAGGGGCCAGUGGCAGUCGUUAUCUUGAUAAACUUGGUGUUCUACUUCCAAAUUCUGUGGAUUUUGAGAAGCAAACUUUCCUCCCUCAAUGAAGAAGUUUCCACCAUUCAAGAUACCAGAGUCAUGACAUUUAAAGCCAUCGCUCAGCUAUUUAUCUUGGGCUGUCCUUGGGGCCUUGGUUUUUUUAUGGUUAAAGAAGUCGGGGAGACAAUCAGAUCAGUCGUUGCCUACGCAUUCAGCAUCAUCAAUGUCCUGCAGGGCUUUUUUCUCUUUGUGGUACACUGUCUCCUUAAUCGCCAGGUGCGAAUGGAAUACAAGAAAUGUCUUAGUGGAAUGUGGAAAGGGGGUGAAACUGAAAGCACUGAAGUGUCUCUCUCAACUAUCCACACCAAAAUGGAGGGACUUGGGAAGUCAUCAGAAUCCUAUCGCAGAAGAGACGCUGCAUCUGUCCAACCACCACCUCAGAUUCAUCUUUUCGCUGUUCCUUGGCAAAGAACAGGAAGCUGAGCUGCUUAUGGAUGGCGCCCCACCCGUGGUCACAUAUGGAUGAGACCAAUGCCACCAUCCAUCUUCCCUGUGAAAAUGAGUGCUGACAUAUUCCUCUAUUUUGGCUUCUAUCUCCGUAGAAAGAAGGGGGCACAUGGGAGAAUUCUUAGAUCCAGAAUCCAGUAUUGUACAUCACGUGCAAUUAAAUGCUCAAAGAAUCCUUUUUAAUGACGAGGGAAAUAAGUGGAUUUUCUUCUUCCAGCUGUUACCAUCUUGUCCAAAGCUGAUUGGCUGACAUCUAGAUUCAGCUCACAGAUGCCUCUCUGACCUCUGUGUUGCAUUUAAUGCUCCCAAAGAUCUUGCAUCACUUAAUAUUUGCAUAACUUAAUAAUUCCAUAAGAAUAAGUAUAAAAAAGGGGGUUGCAUUCUUGCAAUGCAAAAGUACACCACUAUCCCUGCUUAGAGGUGCAUAGUCACUGGGAAGGACCUUGUAGUGUGAUCAUCAGCACUUCCCUGGUUUCAUUGCCUGAUGACUUUUUGGAACCUAUCCUAUACCCUGGUUAAAGAUAAUUUUGUUUUCUUAGUGUCAUCUCGAACAUGUCCUCGUGUAAGUGCUCCCAAACUAA